AUGCACCCGCGGCGCCCCGAGGGCUUCGACGGCCUCGGCUACCGCGGCGGCGGCCGCGAUGAGCCGGGCGCCGGCGGGCGGCCUUUCGGCAGCGCCGCGGAGCUGAGCCACUGGGUCACGAGCCCGCCCGACAUCCCUGGCAGCCGCAACCUGCACUGGGGGGAGAAGACGCCGCCGUACGGCGCGGGGACGCCGCUGGGGGGCGCCGCCCUCAACGAGGAGCCCGGCCUGGCGGCGGGCGGCCCCGGCGCCGGUAAGGAGGGGCAGGGCCGCCACCAAUUGAACAGAUUUGCAGGCUUUGGUAUUGGACUCGCAAGCCUCUUUACAGAAAAUGUUUUGGCUCAUCCUUGCAUUGUCCUGCGUCGUCAGUGUCAGGUUAAUUAUCAUGCUCGGAACUAUCAUCUCACUCCUUUUACUAUUGUCAAUAUUAUGUACAGCAUCAAUAAGACACAGGGUCCAAGAGCCCUUUGGAAGGGAAUGGGCAGCACUUUUAUUGUUCAAGGCAUAACCCUUGGAACAGAGGGCAUCAUCAGUGAAUUUACACCUUUACCAAGAGAGCUUUCACAUAAAUGGAACCUCAAGCAGAUAGGUGGCCACCUUCUACUCAAAGGCUUAACACAUGUGAUAGCAAUGCCUUUUUAUUCUGCAAGCCUGAUUGAAACAGUGCAGAGCAUGCUGGAUGCGUAUUUUCCAGAACUUAUUGCUAGCUUUGCUGCUAGCCUUUGUGCUGAUAUCAUGCUUUACCCACUGGAGACAGUUCUACAUCGCCUUCAUAUUCAAGGGACCCGUACAAUAAUUGACAAUACAGACCUUGGCUAUGAAGUGCUUCCCAUCAAUACUCAGUAUGAGGGCAUGAGAGACUGCAUAAAUACUAUAAAACGGGAAGAAGGAAUGUUAGGUUUUUAUAAAGGGUUUGGAGCUGUGAUAGUACAGUAUACCGUACAUGUAGCUGUCUUACAACUCACCAAAAUUCUUUACUCAGCACUGCUUCAAAAUGUUUCUUAGUUUGUUCAGGUGGAUUUAGCAGAGUGAUUUAGUUAUUUACCAGUCUUGCUAUGGUUAUAAGUGGCUUAGAAAUGGCACUGAAGAAUGCACUCUAUAGAUUCUAUCUACACUGUUGAAAAAAAAUUGUUUUAAAAAAUGGAAUUUAAAUUCCUCAAUGUCAUUCAAAAGUACUACUUAAAUUUAGAAUACUAAACACCAAUUGAGUAGUAUGCCUGGUUAUACAGAAAGGAAUCAGAUUCUGAUUGUAAUGAGAUUUUAGCUUUCUUCUUAGUGGUGAACUAGCAUGAGGAAUGUAUAUGAAUUUUUCAUCCCUGCUUUAUAAGGAUAUAAAGGCACAUGCUAGGCAGUCUAGAAGGAUUUGUUUUCAUGAGUUAUAAAAACCUGGAAGCAGGAGAGUGAUGAGUGUCCUGAUCUUUUAAAAAUGUUUCACCUUCACUAUUAAUGAAGCUGUGAGCAAAAUGGAAACCAUAAAACUUGACUAGAUGUAAAUUCAUAACUUACAAGUAUGUAGAAGACUUUUCUUGAUUUAACUGCUGCUGUGUGGCAGAAGAAGAUGAGGUAAAGUUACUUGCUUUCAACAAAAUACUCCAUAGCCAAAACCUGGUUUGGGGCAAAGGUGAACAGAAUGCAGAGACUUGAUGUUUGCUAGCAGGUCUUACAAUAACUGGCUUGUAUGAAUAAAGCAAGUUAGAAGCUGAUUAUGUGAAUGUGUAAGUACCAUUUUUAGUUAACUUUCCACUCAGGACUUAAGAGUUUAGUUUUGCCUUGAUAUGCUGUGUAAGAGUAAACUAAUCAUGCAGAUGUGUUUAGUAUCAUUGUUCAAACUGAAAGCUGAAAGCAUAAAAGUCUAAUUGACAUUUUCUAAAGUUUCACUUUUGUUAGACUGGAGAGGUAUGUACACAUAUAUUGAACAACCAUUUAUAUAAUGUCCACUUAAGAUUUAGCACCAAUGUCUUUUGUUUACAGUCUCUGUUCAAUUGAAUAUUUUGUGAAGCAGAAUUAAGUCUGUUAACAUGUAAGCUGACUACUGAAAUGUACUACUUUUGCCUUCUUUUCCUAGUAAAUCAAGGCUUGCAGUCUAAAAAUGAGUUUUGAUCAUUCUAAAUAACUUUCAACCAGUUCAACUGAAGAGACUUCUUGGUUUCAUCAGUAAAUGUAAUGAAAGCUGGGGAGAAGGAAAUUAUUUUAGCAAGUAAAGCAGGUAUAUGGAGAAUCACUUUUAAAUUGUAUAGAAGGCUGUUGUCUUUUUCACACUUGUGUGGCAAGUCUUUAUCUCUGUGAAUACUGUAAAUUGAUGUGCAUUUGACUAAUCUUAAGCAUUGUAUAGUAGUCUGCCAUGACUGCUUUCCAUAAAUGAAAAUUACUGAAAGGUGUUGCUAUUCAUAUCUUCUGACUGUAUCAUUUGAAGGUCUGCUUUGCUAUCAUUAAACAAGCUCUCAUGUAUUUUAAAGAAGUGUUGGAAUGGA